AUGGCUGCCGACAUCCCCACGCUCUCCAAGCUGCUCGAGGCCAGCCUGGACCCGCGCCAGAACAAGCAGGCCGAGCAGGCCAUCACCCAGGAGCAGACCAAGCCCGGCUUCUCACUCUCCCUCCUCCACAUCGUCGCGUCCGACUCGUUCCCCGCCACAAUACGGCUGUCGAGCGCCCUCUACUUCAAAAACUUCAUCAAGCGCAACUGGGUCGACGAGGAUGGCAACUACAAGCUGCCGCAGGACGAGGUCGUCGCCAUCAAGCGCGAGCUGAUUGGCCUGAUGGUCUCGGUGCCGCCCAGCCUGCAGGCCCAGCUCGGCGAGGCCAUCAGCGCCAUCGCCGACAGCGACUUCUGGGAGCGCUGGGACACGCUGGUCGACGACCUCAUCGCCCGUCUCACCCCCGACAACUCGACGGUCAACAACGGCGUCCUGCGCGUAGCACACUCCAUCUUCAAGCGCUGGCGGCCGCUGUUCCGCUCCGACGACCUCUUCACCGAAAUCAACCACGUCCUGUCCAAGUUCAGCACGCCGUUCCUCACCCUGCUCCAGAACACCGACAAUCUCAUCACACAGUCCCAGGGAAACCCAGACGCCCUCAAGGCUGCCUUCACCACCCUCGAUCUGAUGAUGAAGCUCUUCUACGACCUCUCGUGCCAAGACCUGCCGCCCGUCUUCGAAGACAACAUGGCCGCCAUCUCCUCGAUCCUCCACAAGUACCUGACCUACGACAACCCCGCGCUGCACACCGACGACGACGACGAGUCAGGGCCGCAAGACUAUGUCAGGGCCGGCAUCUUCGAGGCUUUGAUGCUGUACAUCCAGAAGUACGAGGAUGCAUUUGGCGCACAGCUUGGUCCCUUCAUCGAGACGUCGUGGUCUUUCCUCAUGACAGUUGGGCUAGAGACAAAGUACGACAUCCUGGUCAGCAAGGCGCUCCAGUUCCUCACUGCCGUUGCCUCGACACACCACGCCAAGAACUUCAACAACCAGUCGGUCCUUGUGCAGGUCAUUGAAAAGGUCAUUCUGCCAAACUUGACACUGCGCGAGUCCGACGUCGAGCUUUUCGAGGACGAGCCGAUUGAGUUCAUCAGGAGAGAUCUGGAAGGCUCUGACAACGACACCCGCCGAAGAGCCGCGACCAACUUCCUGCGCCAGCUCAUGUCCAAGUUUGAAGGCCUGGUCACCAGCACCUCGCAGACCUACGUCGACGCCUACCUGCAGAACUACGCCCAGGACCCCGCAAACAACUGGAAGUCCAAGGACACAGCCGUGUACCUCUUCACUGCUAUUGCUGCCAAGGGCACAGCGACUGCUGCCCAGGGUAUUCUCAGUGUCAACGAAAAGGUCGACGUCCUGGACUUCUUCCAGAAGCACAUUGCCUCUGACCUGCAAACCGCCCACGCAGAAGCAAUCUUGAAGGUCGACGCCAUCAAAUACCUCUACGUCUUCCGCAGUCAGCUUUCGCCUGACCUGUGGCGCGCUGCGUUCCCGCUUCUCGUCAACAACCUCGGAAACGAAAACUAUGUCAUCCACACAUACGCUGCGAUUGCUGUCGAGCGUGUGCUGUUCAUGACUGACGACAACCGUCAGCCCAUCAUCCCAAAGGGUGAUGUCGUCGGCUCAUCAAGGGAUCUCCUGACCCAUCUCUUCAAGCUCAUCACCAAGAACUCCGCUCCCGAAAAGAUCCAAGAAAACGAGUUCCUGAUGAAGUGCGUCAUGCGCGUGCUCAUCUUCAUCCGAGAUGGCGUACUGCCAAUCUGUGAGCAGAUCUUGAUGAACUUCAUCGCAAUCAUCAAGGUCAUCAGGCACAAUCCUAGCAACCCUCGUUUCCAGUACUAUCUCUUUGAGGGUCUCGGUGCUCUGAUUCGCUUCGCUGCGCCAAGCCACCCCGAGGCAUUCGAGACCAAGCUCUAUGAGCCCUUUGCUGCUUGUCUGUCAGAAGGCAUCGAGGAGUUCUCACCGUACAUCUUCCAGCUGUUCUCAGCACUCCUGGAAGCCAACCCAUCGGGUCAGCUGACGGACUACUACCGAAGCCUCUUCUCGAUCAUCAUCCAAGGCGCUGUUUGGGACCAGCGUGGUAAUGUGCCAGCGCUUGCUCGUCUGCUCACUGCCAUGAUCACUCGCGAUGCACAGCGCAUUGUUGCUGACAAGCAGCUGGAGCCUAUUCUGGGUAUCUUCCAGAAGCUCGUUUCCACAAAGGCACACGAGUCGCACGCAUUCGAGCUUAUCGAGGCUCUCGUUACAUUUGUUCCCGUGGAGGCUCUGCAGCCGUAUUUUGUUACCAUCCUCCAGCUGAUGCUGCAGAGGUUGUCCAACAUGAAGACGGAAAGCUUCCAGCAGCGCUUUAUUGCAUUCUACCACCUCGUCUCUGCGCGCCAGGAUAAGGGCCUGGGCGCGGACUUUUACAUCAGUGUCACUGACCAGGUUCAGCAUGAUGUGUUCAAGCCCAUCUACCUUACAGUCAUCCUGCCGGAUACGCAGAAACUCGCCAGGCCUACCGACCGCAAGACUGCUGUCGUGUCAUUCACCAAGACUCUCGGCGAGUCGCAAGCCUUUGUUGACCGCUACCCCAAGGGCUGGGGUUUGACCACACAGCGACUGCUAGAGCUCCUCGUCAACCCGCCCGUCCCUUCGUCGGCGGACGACAUCAUCCCUGAUGCUGACGUCGACGAGGUCGGUUUCGGUGUUGGCUUCACACAGCUCAACACCUGCAAGAAGGCACCUCGCGACCCCUUCCCCGAGAUCCCCGACGUCAAGGCAUGGGUUGGCCAGUUCCUCAAGGACGCCAAUAGCCGGCACAACGGCAGGAUUGUAAAGCUGGUGCAGGAGAGGCUGCAACCUGAGCUACAGCAGGCUUUGUCGCUGUAUCUCAACUAG